ACCCGCAGGCAGGUUGUCGUGCAGCACAAACACAGGAGCGUCUGUCAGCUGGAAAAGGCCUUGGAGUGGAGAACAGGGGAUUAUUUCACACAGGUCUUCCUGCGGGAGGUCUGCAGAGACAGAGCAGCAGAGCGGUCUGGAGCUGGCCAUGGGCGCCCGGGCCGCCGCAUUGCUGCUGCUGCUCCGUGCCUGUGGGCUCCUCUGGGCCUCCACGGUGGACCACGACUACGGAGGCGUCCCCAUCUGGAUCGAUCGCCUCCUGGGGGAGCCCAGCGUGCUGAGCCUGCGGGGCCGCAUGGACCGUGGGUACCAGGCCGCGGAGGACCUGGACUGCCCUGAGGAGUGCGACUGCCCCGUCCAGUGGCCCUCGGCUCUGUACUGCGACCAGCGGGGGCUGGACAGCCCUCCCGCCUCCCUGCCCCCCGGGACCCAAUACCUCUUCCUCCAGGACAACAACAUCUCCAGCCUGGCGACCCACACCUUCAGCAACGCCACGCAGAUCCGCUGGCUCUUCCUCGACCGCAACCGGCUGCUGAGCCCUGGACUCGCGGCCUCCACGCUGGCCAACCUGACCCAGCUGGAGAACCUGUUCAUGAACCACAACCAGCUGUCGGAGGUGCCCUUGGGCCUGCCCCAGGGGCUGAAGCAACUCCGGCUCGCCCACAACCUCAUCGCCCGCAUCCCCCCUGGAGCCCUCCAGGACCUGCCCCAACUCUCCCUGCUGCUGCUGCAGGGCAACCGGCUCAAGAGUCUGGGGGAGGCCGCCUUCAGAGGCCUGUCCUCAGUCGUCCUGCUGGACCUCAGCCACAACCUCCUGGAGGAGUUCCCCAAGCACCUGCCCCCCUCUGUGCAGCAGCUGUACCUGUCCCACAACGCGGUGCGCAGCCUGUCCCGGGACAGCCUGAGGGGCUUCCACAGCCUGCGCUACCUGCGCCUCAGCCACAACCGGCUCCACAGCCCCGCCCUGCCCCCCGCCGCCCUCAACCUGUCCUCCCUGGUGGAGCUCGACCUCUCCUACAACCAGCUCACCUCCACCCCCGUGGUGCCCACCUCCCUGCUCCACCUGUACCUGGAGGCCAAUCUCAUCCACGAGUUCAACGUGAGCAGCUUCUGCAGGACCGUCGGCCCCAUGGAUUACUCCCACCUGCGGAUCCUCAGGCUCGAUGGGAACAAAAUGGGCCCCCACCAGCUGCCCCCAGACUGGUCUAUGUGCCUGCGGGUUCUGCAUCAUCUCUAUAUAUGA